UUCCGAUUAGGUGGAGAAAAUUCUCGAAAGAUUUGACUUCUUCACCCGAAGGAAUAGUAAAGCACUCGAAUUUCCGGUUCAAUAUUCGGAAAAGGCGCCGAAAUCGCCCGCUCUCAUGGAAUCUUGACAGUUCCAGCUGUUACUAACAGUGACUACCAAAUUUUGCUGUUUCGCUUGUCCGGAUACUCGUGCAACCACCUCUGAUUACGUCCGAUUCGACUUUGGCGGUUGCAAGGCCCAGGUUCGAAUUACUACCCACGCGCGGCGGCCGGUGCUGGUGGCUCAGUAGACUGUUAGAGCUUCCCCAGGGGCUAUAUCGACUUCGAGAGUCGGCGUGCGCCCAAAUCGCGAAGUACCAACACGAUAGCGACCCGUACCGCAAGCACCAGACUCGGCUUGUGCAGUCUCGAUAGCCUCAACCCCCUACACCCAUGUACCGCCGGACCUUGGGAGCCUUCCAGGCUCUUUCGCUUGGAAGGUCAGACGCUCAGCCAGCGCUUCUGACGAUUCGGAGUUCACUGAGGCACGCAUGGAAGAGGACAGAUAACGGGGUGAGCACCCAGGGCCUGCGCCAUCUUUGGGCGAGCACAUCAAAGUCCUCUUCUGGGCCCCUCCAGAGGCUUGGAAGCAACCUGGUUGCAUCAAGGGCACUGCCCAGACCGCGACUUCCGACCGGAAACAUGCGACCCGCUGCCCCCCGCCGCACAUUUCACUCAUCGAAAUCGAGGCGCUCAAACAAGGAGAAGCCAGGCACUUCUCCAAAGGAGACGGAGAUACCAGAUGAGUCUCUUUCGCUGAGCCAGCGCAUGCGGCAACUUAGUCGCGUAUACGGAAGAGCGACCAUAUUCGUGUAUUUUGCUCUCUCGAUCGCCGACUUCCCCUUCUGCUUCCUACUAGUUCGGUUUGUUGGGACGGACAGGAUAUCCGAGAUAGAGCGUUGGGUUGUGUCCAACUUGUCGCAAUUUGUGCCGACUAGCGUCAAGGACCUGUGGCACCAAUGGAAGUCUUUGAUGACACGGGGAGAAGAAGCCAAGGAGGGUGUAGAAGGCGGCCCGAAAAGAGAAAUCCCCUCGGACGACAAAUGGGGUGUCAAGGAGGCUCAGGAAAACCAUAAGGAGGAAGCCAGUCUGGCCACGCAGUUAGCUUUGGCAUAUGCCGUCCACAAAAGCUUCAUCUUCAUACGGGUGCCCCUGACAGCUGCGGUUACACCACGCGUUGUAAAAACAUUGAGAUCAUGGGGCUGGGACAUUGGAAAGAAGGUGUCUAAAGCUUAAUGUCCUCGCAGCGUCUCACGGUCCCUUAGGCCGUCUAAGCGCCUACCACGCUGCCGAACCAAGCUUCCGAGGGCCUGUUUCGUAUACAGUUCAAGCCGAGUUAGCGAACGUUACGGCAAAGACAGUUCCGGCAAGGAGAGUUCCGCCACUGGCGGCGUCAGGAUCUCUGUUUUAGGCACUACCGGCCAGACAGUGAAUAAUGUACGCCAUUGGCCUUGUACCAACAUGCACGACAUUGUACACCACUUAGACAGAUUCAUCAAGAUCAAAUAGACUAAUUUACCUGGCAUAUGUCUCCGA